GCGCAUGCGCCCGCCCGCGCCUGCGCAGCGCCUACUACGGGGGCGCGUGCGGCAAUGGCGCAGCCGGGCAGGGCCAGCCUCAAGGAGCAGAGAUAUGACCGGCAGCUGAGACUGUGGGGUGACCAUGGACAAGAAGCGUUAGAAUCUGCCCAUGUUUGUGUGAUAAAUGCAACAGCGACAGGAACUGAAAUACUCAAAAACUUAGUGCUACCGGGUAUUGGUUCAUUUACAAUUGUCGAUGGGAAUCGGGUCUCUGGAGAAGAUGUUGGAAAUAAUUUCUUUUUACAAAAAAGCCAUAUUGGUCAGAAUCGUGCCCAGAGUGCCACUGAGCUCUUGCAAGAAUUGAAUAACGAUGUUUCUGGAAACUUUGUCGAAGAGAGUCCAGAAAAACUUCUAGACAAUGACCCUUCCUUUUUUAAUCGCUUUAACUUGGUGGUUGCAACACAACUACCAGAAAGUACGUUGCUGCGGUUGGCUGAACUUCUCUGGAAUUCUAACAUUCCUCUGCUGGUCUGCAGGACUUAUGGACUGGUUGGUUAUAUGAGAGUCAUCAUUAAAGAACAUACAGUUGUUGAAUCUCAUCCUGACAAUAUGUUAGAAGAUCUGAGACUAGACAAACCAUUUCCAGAACUGAGGGAACACGUUCAGUCUUAUGACUUGGAUCAUAUGGACAAAAAGGACCACAGCCACACUCCGUGGAUUGUGAUUGUAGCCAAGUAUCUAACAAAAUGGUUCAGUGAGAAAAGUGAACAGUUGCCUGAGAGUUACAAAGAAAAAGAAGCCUUCAGACAACUGAUUCAGCAAGGUAUCUUAAAGAAUGAAAAUGGGACCCCGGAAGAUGAGGAAAACUUUGAAGAAGCUAUAAAAAAUGUGAACACAGCAUUAAAUACUACAGAGAUUCCAAGAUGCAUUGAAGAGAUUUUUAAUGAUGAUUGCUGCAUAAAUCUCACAGAGCAGUCAUCCUCCUUCUGGAUUUUGGCUCGAGCUGUAAAGGAAUUUGUGGCAAAUGAGGGGCAAGGAAGCUUGCCUGUCCGGGGCACUAUUCCUGAUAUGAUAGCAGACUCCAAUAAAUUUAUCAGAUUGCAAAAUGUAUACCGUGAAAAAGCAAAGAAGGAUAUUGCUGCUGUGGGUAACCAUGCUGCUAAAUUGUUACAAUCCCUAGGCAAGACGCCCGAGUCUAUUUCAGAGAGAGAGUUAAAAUUGCUUUGCAGCAACUCAGCUUUUCUCCGAGUAGUACGAUGUAGAUCGCUGUCUGAAGAAUAUGGUUUAAACACUUUUAACAAGGAUGAAAUCAUUUCCCAUAUGGAUAACCCGGACAGUGAAGUAGUGCUGUACUUGAUGCUACGGGCUGUAGAUAGAUUUUAUAAGCAGCAUGGUAGAUAUCCAGGUGUCUCUAACUAUCAGGUAGAAGAUGAUAUUGGAAAACUAAAAUCGUGCCUUACUGGUUUCUUACAAGAACAUGGGUUGUCUGUAGUGGUGAAAGAUGACUAUGUUCACGAGUUUUGUCGCUAUGGAGCUGCUGAGCCACAUGCUAUUGCUGCCUUCAUGGGAGGAGCUGCUGCACAGGAGGUUAUCAAAGUCAUUACAGGGCAGUUUGUAAUUUUUAAUAACACCUACAUAUACAGUGGAAUGUCACAGACUUCAGCUACUUUCCAGCUGUAGGAUGAUGAUCUCGCAUUUGUUGCCAUCAGGUGCUGCUGCUGUGUUCUGUAAAUACUGUGGUGGUCUGCCAUUGACUGGACUGUUCUGUAUUACCUGCAAAUUAAAGUCCCUUUAUUUGUAAUAAUUUUAUCAUCUUUUUUUUUUCUGAGGACAAAUAAAAUCAUACAAAAUCCU